UAGGUUCCCUUUAAAUGAUCACAUUUCAGAUUAAAUCUGUGUUAACUUCUUUGUUAUCAUUUAUUAGCAUAUAUAAUGCACUCCGUUAGAAAUGGUCAGAACUUAUAAUUUAUGCUAAUAUCAGACACAAUAAAAUGUGUCACAAUCACAGGUUCAGAAAUCCUUGUGGGCUCCAGCAGAAUCCUCUUCUCCAGUCUGGGCCAGCCUUUUGUCUACAGUUUCUCCAUGAUGGUGCUGCCAGGAACCGCAUACCUGGUCAGGAGCUGGAGACACCUGUCGCUCAUCAUGGCUGUGCCUGGCUUGGCUUGCAUCCCCCUCUGGUGGCUGGUUCCGGAGUCUCCUCGCUGGCUGCUGUCUCGUGGCCGCUUGCAAGAGGCCGAGCUCCUGCUUAGGUCAGCGGCUCUGGAGAACCGAGUGGAGGCUCCUCCAGUCAUUUUCCUCCCUCCCAAGGCUGAAAAAGCAGAGGCACAUCAAGCGGAGUCCGUCAGCUUCCUGGACCUACUGAAGACCGCAAAAAUUCGGCAUAUAACGCUGAAGCUGUGGCUAAUUUGGUUUUCCACGAGUGUCAGCUACUUUGGCUUGUCCUUCAGCAUGUCCACUUUGUAUGGCAACCUCUUCCUGAACUACUUCCUGCUCACAGCUGUGGAGCUCCCAGCAUACUUUGCCAGCUGGCUGGCUGCACGCAGCUCUCCUCGCCGUCUUUCGUUCAUCGGUUUCUCCCUGCUGGGGGCGCUGGCGCUGCUCUUCAUCCAAGGCACCAUGAAAAGUUACCCAACUCUUACCAUGUCCCUGGUGCUGUUGGGUAAAUUUGGUGUUCUGGCAGGAAGUGGGGUGGUGUACACCUACACUGGAGAGCUGUCCCCCACGGUCAUCAGAAAUACGGCAAUGUCUUCCUGUGCCAUGUUCUCCAGAGUGGGAUCCUCUGUGUCACCAUAUUUGCUUGAGUUGGCUGAGUUUAACAAGCUCCUACCCUGGAUUACUUUGGGUGUUCUGUCACUUCUCGCUGUUCUUCUCUGCAUCUUCCUGCCAGAAACGUUCCAACAGCCACUUCCUGAUACCAUUGAGCAGAUGCCGGUCACACAGUGGUUUACAUGUCCCUGGGCCUCCAAAACUGCUUUGAAGGAAGAAGAAAUAAUCACUAAGGAGCAGACUCCAUCAAUGGAGAUCAUCUGCACAACUUGUUUAUAAAGCAACCGCUGAUAUCAUAUCUACUAGUACCAAGCUGCAUGGUUUUUUUUAUUUCAGAAAUGCUCCUUGGUAAGUGAAGGAGACUGAACCCAUGCAUCAACAAGACUUCCAUUCAGGAAGAACAGAGUGUUGUGGGACUCAGACACAACCUAAACUCAAAUUGACUUAAGAGUGAGAGACAUGGAAGCACACCGCAGUCUGCUGCAGCAAAUAACUUUGUUUUACUGAAGGACUGAAAGGCUGGAACUGAGAUGAGGAGCAUAAUAUAUACAGUAGUAGAACUGAAAAUGAAAGAACACUAUGAAGAAAUCCUAUGAUGGUUUUCAGACAUAAGUAAUUUCUGAAAAUUCAGUUAGUUAAAUUAUAAAAUUGUUUUGGAAAUUACUGGUGUAUUGGCAGCAAUUUUGUCUUUUUUUUCUUGCACUGCACGUGAACUUGAACAACAUGAACUUGAACAACAGGUAAACAUUUAGCAUUCAGGGUUUUAAUUGUUCAAUGAAGACAAAUAUUCAGUUGUGCAUAUAUCAGGUUUAAUAUUCACAAACCUGACAUAUGCACAAAUAAAGAAUAUGGUAUUUUCGCUGUUCAAUAAACUUGCAUCAUAUUUCUUUUGCAUGUUAUCAUGACGAUAUGGGCGUCAUUUUCCUGUCUAUUACAUCAUCUUACAAAGUGUACAGUGUGUUGAAAAAGUAUUCACACCACUUGAACUUUUUCUAAACUUUCCAUAUGGCAACAACAAACAGCGGUGUAUUUGAGUGGUGAUUGUAUGUGACAGAUGAGCAGAAAUUUGAAUUCAUUUUUAUUCCUGUGUCUUUAGUUGAAUCUAUUCAAAUGCCAAAGUUAUCACGAUGCCAAAGUUAUCACGAUAGCGUCAAAUAUUUCUUAAUGAACAAGGUGAUUUCUUCUGAGUAAUU